CCUCCUCUGCUUUCCGCUUCACAGUUUCACCAUUCCCUCCACGCCGCCUCUCCCCCUCCUCUUCCACCUCCAGCGGUAAACAACAUCCGGUAAUCCAAAAGGGAGGGGAAAGAUCGAUCAAACGAGAGCGGUUAAACAGGCGCAAGAGAUUCCAGAAACCAAGAACACGUUGCCACCCGGGCACCGGCGCCGUCCGCCCGCCCGUCCAGCCGAUAGAUAGGCCCCGUCAUCGGCACACACACGCAUAUAAGCCCAGCGCCAUCCACGCCUCCCCUCCUCUCCCUCCAUUGCCCCUCCAAGAAGCCAACCAACCACCGGCUGGAGUUGGUUCACACUGUCCGAGCAGUCCAUCGAGGCGGAGAGAACAGAGCCGGCCACCAUGCGUUCCGGCGCCCUCCUCCUCGCCCUGCUCGCCGCCGCCGCCGCCGCCGUCGUCAAUGCCGCGGUGUCCUACGACCACAGGGCGGUGGUCAUCAACGGGCAGCGCCGCAUCCUCAUGUCCGGGUCCAUCCACUACCCGCGCAGCACCCCGGAGAUGUGGCCGGACCUCAUCCAGAAGGCCAAGGACGGCGGCCUGGACGUGAUACAGACCUACGUCUUCUGGAACGGCCACGAGCCGGCGCGCGGGCAGUACCACUUCGCCGACCGCUACGACCUCGUCCGCUUCGUCAAGCUCGCCAGGCAGGCCGGCCUCUACGUCCACCUCCGCAUCGGCCCCUACGUCUGCGCCGAGUGGAACUUCGGUGGGUUCCCUGUAUGGCUCAAGUACGUGCCCGGCAUCAGCUUCCGGACGGACAACGGUCCCUUCAAGGCGGAGAUGCAGAGGUUCGUGGAGAAGAUCGUGUCGAUGAUGAAGUCGGAGGGGCUGUUCGAGUGGCAGGGCGGGCCCAUCAUCCUCGCCCAGGUGGAGAACGAGUACGGGCCCAUGGAGUCGGCCAUGGGCGCCGGCGCCAAGCCCUACGCCAACUGGGCCGCCAACAUGGCCGUCGCCACCGACGCCGGCGUGCCCUGGGUCAUGUGCAAGCAGGACGACGCCCCCGACCCCGUGAUAAACACCUGCAAUGGCUUCUACUGCGACUACUUCACCCCCAACUCCAACAGCAAGCCCACCAUGUGGACCGAGGCAUGGACUGGAUGGUUCACGGCGUUCGGCGGCCCGGUGCCGCACCGGCCGGUGGAGGACAUGGCGUUCGCCGUGGCGAGGUUCAUUCAGAAGGGCGGCUCCUUCGUCAACUACUACAUGUACCAUGGAGGCACAAACUUCGACCGGACCGCCGGCGGCCCGUUCAUCGCGACGAGCUACGACUACGACGCCCCGAUCGACGAAUACGGUCUGAUCAGGCAGCCGAAAUGGGGCCACCUGAGGGACCUGCACAAGGCCAUCAAGCAGGCCGAGCCGGCGCUCGUCUCCGGCGACCCGACUAUCCAGCGCAUCGGCAACUAUGAGAAGGCGUACGUGUUCAAGUCGAGCACCGGAGCCUGCGCGGCGUUCCUGUCCAACUACCACACCAGCUCCGCCGCGAGGAUCGUGUACAACGGCCGGCGGUACGACCUCCCGGCCUGGUCCAUCAGCAUCCUGCCGGACUGCAAGACCGCCGUCUUCAACACCGCCACGGUGAAGGAGCCGACGGCGCCGGCGAAGAUGAACCCGGCGGGGGGCUUCGCGUGGCAGUCGUACAGCGAGGACACCAACGCGCUGGACUCGACCGCCUUCACCAAGGACGGCCUGGUGGAGCAGCUCAGCAUGACCUGGGACAAGUCCGACUACCUGUGGUACACCACCUACGUCAACAUCGACUCGAGCGAGCAGUUCCUCAAGACCGGCCAGUGGCCGCAGCUCACCAUCAACUCCGCCGGCCACUCCGUGCAGGUGUUCGUCAACGGCCAAUCCUUCGGCGUCGCCUAUGGCGGCUACAACAGCCCCAAGCUGACGUACAGCAAGCCGGUGAAGAUGUGGCAGGGCAGCAACAAGAUCUCCAUCCUCAGCUCCGCAAUGGGGCUCCCCAACCAAGGGACCCAUUACGAGGCCUGGAACGUUGGCGUCCUCGGCCCGGUGACGCUGUCCGGGCUCAACCAGGGGAAGAGGGACCUCAGCAACCAGAAAUGGACGUACCAGAUCGGUCUCAAAGGCGAGUCGCUCGGCGUCAACUCCAUCAGCGGGAGCUCCUCCGUCGAGUGGAGCAGCGCCAGCGGCGCGCAGCCGCUCACAUGGCACAAGGCAUACUUCGCGGCGCCGGCGGGCAGCGCUCCGGUGGCGCUGGACAUGGGGAGCAUGGGGAAGGGCCAGAUCUGGGUGAACGGGAACAACGCCGGUAGGUACUGGUCGUACAGGGCCUCCGGCAGCUGCGGCGGCUGCAGCUACGCCGGCACCUUCAGCGAGGCCAAGUGCCAGACCAACUGCGGCGACAUCUCCCAGCGGUGGUACCACGUGCCCCGGUCGUGGCUCAAGCCCAGCGGGAACCUGCUCGUCGUGCUCGAGGAGUUCGGCGGCGACCUGUCGGGCGUCACGCUCAUGACUAGGACGACAUAAGGAGCGGGAAGACGGGAGGAAGAAGAAGGCAUGCAUGCAGAAACUGUGAAUAAUCUGAAGAAGAGGGCACGCGAAUAUACCAGUACAUACGGCCUAGAUACGGAUACGAUUGGUAUACGUACAGUCGUACAAAGACUAGUGGGUGUAGUAUUUAUUCAUGGAGAGCUAAAAAAGGUGUUGGGCGGCGCGGCUGCCGGAACAGUAGCUGAGGUGCGGCGGCCGGCCGUGCUGCCGCUGCCGGUAUAGGAUCGUUGAUUCGUUGUGGAUCACAGAUGUGGAGCCGUUGGUAGGUGGGUGGACCUGCUCUCAGUCUCAGGCCUGCGCACGCAAGUGCUUUCUGAAGUAAACUGAAUCCCUUUUGGGGGAAUUUUAUUUUCUCAA